AGGUGAGCGGUUGAGGGAGGUGUCCUGCACAUGCGCACAUCUAGUUACUAACAGCAGAGGUAGGACAGCGGCAGGACAGCGCCCGGUCACACGUAUUAAUACUACUGCCAGCGGGUAGUGGAGGAGUGCAAGGCUGCUAGAGCACCGCGGCCCGGGCACGCAUCCCGCUUCUUUCCAUCUUCUGCACUCCUGUUCUGCAUAAGCUUCCUGCUUUGAUUUCUCCGUUUCGCACCGCCAUGGUGGAUUAUCACAUGACCAGCGGAGGGGCGCCCCCUCACAUGGGCCAGCUGGGACAAGACCAACGGUAUAUGGAACAGGAGGAGGACUGGGAUCGGGACCUGUUGUUGGACCCAGCAUGGGAAAAGCAGCAGAGGAAGACUUUUACAGCAUGGUGCAACUCCCAUCUAAGGAAGGCCGGCACACAAAUAGAAAAUAUUGAUGAAGAUUUCAGAGAUGGGUUGAAGCUCAUGUUACUACUGGAAGUCAUCUCAGGAGAACGGCUGCCCAAACCAGAGCGAGGCAAGAUGAGGGUGCAUAAAAUCAAUAAUGUCAAUAAAGCCCUGGAUUUCAUUGCAAGUAAAGGAGUGAAGUUGGUUUCCAUUGGAGCAGAAGAAAUUGUUGAUGGCAAUACAAAAAUGACAUUAGGAAUGAUCUGGACAAUCAUCCUGCGGUUUGCCAUUCAGGACAUAUCUGUAGAAGAAACCUCUGCAAAGGAAGGACUUCUUUUGUGGUGCCAGAGGAAGACUGCCCCUUAUAAGAAUGUCAAUGUUCAGAACUUCCACAUCAGCUGGAAGGAUGGGCUGGCUUUCAAUGCCCUAAUCCAUAGACAUCGCCCAGAACUGAUAGAGUAUGACAAGCUGAGAAAGGAUGACCCAGUUACUAACCUAAACAAUGCUUUUGAAGUAGCAGAAAGAUAUCUUGACAUUCCCAAGAUGUUGGAUGCUGAAGACAUUGUCAACACUGCUCGUCCUGAUGAGAAGGCAAUCAUGACAUACGUGUCCUCUUUCUACCACGCCUUCUCUGGAGCUCAGAAGGCUGAGACAGCAGCUAACAGAAUUUGUAAGGUGUUGGCUGUAAAUCAAGAAAAUGAGCAUCUAAUGGAGGACUAUGAAAAGCUGGCUAGUGAUCUUUUGGAGUGGAUCCGUCGUACAAUCCCUUGGUUGGAGAAUCGUGUACCUGAAAAAACUAUGCAUGACAUGCAGCAAAAGCUGGAAGAUUUCCGAGAUUACCGUCGUGUGCACAAACCACCUAAAGUGCAAGAGAAGUGCCAAUUAGAAAUCAACUUCAACACCCUGCAAACAAAACUGAGGCUCAGCAAUCGUCCUGCUUUUAUGCCAUCGGAGGGCAAGAUGGUUUCGGAUAUUAAUAAUGGAUGGCAACACUUGGAGCAGGCUGAGAAAGGCUUUGAGGAGUGGCUUUUGAAUGCAAUCAGACGGUUGGAGAGACUGGAUCACUUGGCAGAAAAGUUUCGUCAGAAAGCCCUCAUCCACGAGGCCUGGACAGAAGGCAAAGAGGCAAUGCUGAAGCAGAAAGAUUAUGAAAGUGCCACCCUUGCAGACAUAAAGGCACUUAUCCGAAAACACGAAGCAUUUGAAAGUGACCUUGCAGCCCACCAGGAUCGUGUAGAACAAAUAGCAGCUAUUGCACAGGAAUUAAAUGAGUUGGAUUACUACGACUCCCCCAGCGUCAAUGCUCGGUGCCAGAAGAUAUGUGACCAGUGGGAUCUUCUGGGCUCCUUAACACACACCAGGAGAGAAGCCCUAGAGGUAACGGAGAAACAGUUGGAAGCAAUUGACCAGCUGUACCUGGAAUAUGCUAAGCGAGCUGCACCAUUCAACAACUGGAUGGAAGGAGCUAUGGAGGAUUUGCAAGACAUGUUCAUAGUGCACACCAUUGAGGAGAUUGAGGGUCUGAUUGCAGCUCAUGAGCAGUUCAAGUCCACUCUUCCGGAUGCUGACCGUGAGAGAGAAGCCAUUCUUGGGAUUCAGAACGAGGCUCAGAAAAUUGCGGAUUACAGCCACAUCAAACUAGCCAGUGGGAAUCCUUAUACAACUGUAACUCCGCAGAUUAUUAACUCAAAAUGGGAGAAGGUUCAGCAGCUUGUUCCUAAAAGGGAUGGUGCAUUGAAAGGAGAACAUGACAAGCAGCAGUCCAAUGAGCACCUGCGCUUGCAGUUUGCCAGCCUAGCUAAUGUGGUAGGACCUUGGAUACAGGCCAAGAUGGAGGAGAUUGGCAGGAUUGCUAUAGAGUUGCACGGUACUCUGGAAGACCAGAUGACCCACCUGAAGCAGUAUGAACAGAGUGUCAUAAAUUACAAGCCCAAUAUUGACAAACUGGAGCAGCAGCAUCAGCUCAUCCAGGAAGCCCUGAUCUUUGAUAACAAGCACACUAACUAUACUAUGGAGCACAUCCGUGUAGGCUGGGAACAUCUUCUUACUACAAUAGCUCGCACAAGUAAUGAGGUGGAAAACCAAAUCCUUACCCGUGAUGCCAAGGGUAUCAGCCAGGAGCAGAUGCAUGAAUACCGGGCAUCAUUCAAUCACUUUGAUAGGGAUCAUACAGGUGCAUUGGGACCUGAAGAAUUCAAAGCAUGUCUGAUCAGUCUGGGAUAUGAUGUGGAAAAUGACAGACAGAAGAGAAUCGGUGCACUGGAUGCUGAUGACUUUCGUGCUCUCCUUAUCUCUACUGGAUACAGCUUGGGAGAUGCAGAGUUUAACCGGAUUAUGGCUAUCGUUGACCCGAACAACACUGGCAUGGUUACUUUCCAAGCAUUCAUAGACUUUAUGUCCCGAGAGACAACAGACACAGACACAGCUGACCAAGUCAUAGCCUCAUUUAAGGUCCUGGCUGGAGAUAAAAAUUACAUCACUGCAGCAGAGCUGCGUAGAGAGCUUCCUCCAGAUCAGGCAGAAUAUUGCAUUGCUCGUAUGGCACCCUACCAGGGACCUGACGCAGUGCCUGGAGCACUGGAUUACAUGUCUUUCUCUACUGCUUUGUAUGGGGAGAGUGACUUGUGAGGGAGCAAUGGGAAAUAGAUUAAGGGGGCCUUCUCUAAAAUUGCCCUGUCACUCCCCUCUAGCAACCAGUGCCAUUGUGGCAGUAAGGGCAAAGCUAAAGAGGUGCAUGGGUGUCACUGGGCUUAAACUUAACCCCCUUCCCCUCCCAGCGGAAGGUGGGGAAUCACACUUCCAUUAUCUUUGCAGGGUGGGAGGAGGAUAAGGAGGUUUAACUACUUCACCACUCCCCCCUCUGCAAAGUUAUCUAUGCAAUGGCUGAAAGGCCAGGUGAUGCUUCUUCCACACACAACUGGCAUGUAUACUCUGCUUCUGGGUAGUAGCCAUUUCUUUGCAACAAGCUCACAAACUCUUACAUACUUCCUGGGUUAUUUAUUCCUAGUCCUUUAGCACCCUAGUUUUCUUUACCCAGGAGUGGUAGAUUAUUUCCCCUGAGAGGCAUGGGACCCUUUUACAACAUAUCGUCUGCUUGCUUAUUUUUUCCCUAUUAUCACAGUUUGCUUUACAUUCCUCUACCUCCCUAUGUGAGGUGCAGCAUUCUUCUCAUGCAAGAUGGCUCCACACUGCAGGCAGGGGAGAUAUCCAUAACAAGUGUGCUUUACUGAGCUGUGUUAAAAGUAAUGUUGUAACACAGCCCAGUUAUCUGCCUGCAAGGGGCAGCUGGCAUAAUUAAAAUGAAUCAGUCACUCUUAAUAGAGGUUAAUAUUUGGGAUGCGUGAAUAAAUUAAUGCCAUUUAGGCCACUAGCUCUUGCUUUCUUUAUACAGUCAGCCAUUUUGUUGUUACUAUUAAUCAUUUUGCAUGCAGAUUAGAAUGCUGCUUUAGAUUUACAUUCCACAUCAUCCCUUUUAAAAUACAGGUCUCUUGUGAUUCCCCCCCCCCCCCUCCCUGUUUGCCCGAAGGACCAAAAAUUAUAAUGAAAUGAAUGAAAAGCUGAAGAGGGUUACUUUUUACUUAAUUUAGGGGAUUUAUGAUAAAAUAUAUAUAUUCACUUAGCAGAACCUAUAUUUGCAGUUUUCUUGUCUUUGAACUUAAAAAAAAAAAAAAAAAUUAUUAAAAAAAAAAAAAAAAGGUUGCCGACUUAUUGUUAAGGGAGUCUGUAACAAUCUUUGUCCCAUUCUUUUUAUACUGGCAGCCGUAGCGGAGAGAGAUGUCAUAAACGCAGCAUCCACUUUCUACCAUUCCUGCUGCUUCGGCAUCUCCUUACAGAACAAUAAAAGACAUAUUUUUAAGAUAA